AUGGAAGGUCCAGAGAUGGGGAUAAAGUCUUGUAACUCGGUUGAGGAAGAACACGACUCAUACAGCAGCAAAUCCUUAGCAGAGGAACUCCUUAAAGAGGACCAGCUGAGAAGAAAACUCAAAUUUUUUUUCAUGAAUCCCUGUGAGAAAUUCAGAGCGCGAGGACGAAAGCCUUGGAAACUUUGUAUACAGAUAUUAAAAAUCGCAAUGGUGACCGUUCAACUUGUUUUAUUCGGACUCAGUAACCAGCUGGUAGUUGCUUUUAAAGAAGAGAACACUAUAGCCUUCAAGCACCUGUUCCUGAAAGAUUAUAGGGAUGGGAAGGACGACACUUACGCAGUCUACAGACGGGAAGAGGUUUAUGAUCAUCUCUCCUUUGCAAUUAACCGGUUUUUGGAAUUAAGGAACAUAUCGGUUGGAAAUCACGCUUAUGAGAGGGGAGGUGCCGAACCUGCAUUCAUGGCUGUGUGCAGACGCUUCUACAAACAAGGGAGCAUAUUUCCUGGAAAUGAAACUUUUGACAUUAACCCAGAAAUUCUAACUGAUUGUUUCUACAUAGCGCCAUUAAUCCCAAUUGAGGAGCAAAUGCUGGAAGAAAAACAGGCUAAUAUGACAUUGGAUUUUCACAGGCUUUUAACAAUAGAAAUCAGAUUUAAGCUGAAAGCAAUUAAUCUUCAAACCAUUCGGCACCAUGAGCUUCCAGAUUGUUAUGACUUCACGGUGAAGAUAUUAUUUGAUAACCAAGCGCACAGUGGAAGAAUUAAAAUCAGCUUAGAUACUGAUGUUUUGAUCCAGGAGUGUAAAGACUGGCAUUUGUCUGGUUCCAUACAAAAGAAUACUCAUUAUAUGAUGUUCUUCGAUGCCUUCAUUAUUUUGAUCUGCAUUGCCUCUCUAACUCUGUGCAUACGAUCCAUGAUCAAAGGAAUUUACCUACUAAAAGAGUACGAGAGUUAUGCACAGAAUCGCUUUGGAAAGAAAGUGUCGUGGGGCGAUAAAAUGGAGUUUGUCAAUGGAUGGUACAUCAUGAUAAUUAUUAGCGACAUUUUAUCCUUCAUAGGCUCGAUUCUGAAGAUGGAGAUCCAAGCAAAGAGCCUAACAAGUUAUGAUGUCUGUAGUAUUCUGCUGGGGAUAUCCACGAUGCUGGUGUGGCUUGGGGUCAUACGAUACUUAGGAUUCUUUGAGAAGUACAAUCUGCUGAUUCUGACGUUAAGGGCAGCUCUUCCUAACGUGAUCCGAUUUUGCUGUUGUGCUGCUAUGAUAUACCUGGGGUACUGCUUUUGUGGAUGGAUUGUCUUGGGUCCUUACCACGUAAAGUUCAGGUCUCUCAAUAUGGUCUCCGAAUGCCUCUUCUCCCUCAUUAAUGGAGAUGAUAUGUAUAAUACGUUUUCAAUAAUGCAGCAGAAGAGCUACUUGGUCUGGUUGUUCAGCCGUAUAUAUUUAUACUCAUUCAUCAGCCUCUUCAUCUAUAUGGUUUUGAGUCUCUUCAUUGCUCUGAUAACAGACACCUACGACACAGUAAAGCACUCUCAGAAAGGUGGAUUUACUAAUUCGGAUCUUCUAAUGUUUGUAUCUGAGUGCAAAGACUUGCCCACUUCUGGCCGCUACAGACUAGAAGAGGACGACAUACCGGGAUGUGUGAUCUGCUGCCUGAAUCGGUAA